AUGGAACUCCGAUCCCUCUUGUCCCUCAAAGCACAUAGGGCUGUCCAGUUAACGAGAGGCUCUUUCUAUGCACAGGGAAAUAAAAGUGGGAAAUUACUAGCACGGGCACUGAAGACCAAGCUCCAAAAAUCCUUUAUAACCCACAUCAAAAAUAGCCAGGGGAAACAAUGUAACACCACUGAUGACAUAGCGGACGCAUUUAGCGAAUUCUAUCACAAUCUCUAUAACCUUACACCUCCCGAAGGCACCCCUUUGGACUUACAUGACUACUUGCGGGCCAAUAUACUACACAGGGUCCGACAGAAACAGCCCAGGUGA